AUGUCGCGGACGUGUUGCGCCAUCGAUCUCUACUCAGAGAUCCCUAAAGUUCAACUCGUCCUCGAAAUUACCGAGGGCUCUGUUGGCAGACUAAAGGGUGGGCAGAAUAUAAAGGAAGACCGCCGAUGUCCAAACAUUUGUGUUCGAGUUGUUGCGAAAGUUGUCGCGUGUUCCUGA